AUAAGAAAAUAAUCAGAGAUUUAUAACACGGCUCUCACUUAACGAAAAGAUCAUUUUAAGACAGUGAUUGUGCGACAUCGGGUCUAGGUCUCGAGACGUAUCGUCGCAACGACCGCGAUCGACCCGCGAUCGAGAUCGCGCUUCGCGAGGAACAGCCAAAGAAAAGAGUGGGAGAGAGAGGUGGAGACCGAUCAGAGGAAGCCGAGCGAGAAAGAGAGAUCGAGAAAAUGACCCCCACUCGCGGCAAUGAGGAAAUAGAGGGGCGCUCUUAUAAAGACUAUGCCUACAGCCCUGUAUCAGUGAGUUCCCCUUCGACGGUGAAUGAUACACCCCCAGUUAGAGAAUCAGUGGAAUUGGACAUACAGAGGACGUCAUUACGCACCAACGAUCGUAGUGGUCCCGAAGACAUGACGGAGAAGGGUUCCAAACACAUCCAGUUCCUGGCUGCUGCGACAGCUAGUCUAUCCGUCGCCGCGACUGGCGCGAUGAUGGGAUGGACGAGUCCAGUUCUUCCUAAUUUGGAGAAGAAUGGUGGACCUUUGGGAUCGCCGAUCAGUAGUGAACAGAGUUCCUGGAUAGGAUCUCUGAUGGCCCUCGGUGCUAUUUUCGGCAGCUUCGUAGCGGGAUACCUCGGAGAAAAAUUGGGUCCCAAACGAGCGUUGUUAUCUUGCGUGGUGCCGUAUUUAAUUGGAUGGAUACUUGUCGCCUCUGCAGGUCACGUGGCUCAGCUUUAUGUUGCUCGAUUAGUGCUUGGAUUGGCUCUGUCUAUCGUAUUCACGAUCAUCCCUAUGUAUAAUGGGGAAAUAGCCGAGGUGUCUAUCAGGGGAGCAUUGGGCUCUUUUCUUCAACUCUUUAUCACGAUCGGUUUUUUAUAUGCCUACGCUAUUGGGCCAUUUGUUAGUUACACAGUUUUUUGGAUUCUCUGUGCCAUCUUACCGAUAAUCUUCUUCAUCUCCUUUUUUUUUAUGCCGGAGUCUCCGUACUUCCUCCUCCGUCGGGGCCGCAGAGAUGAAGCAAUUGCAUCUCUGGCGAAACUCCGAAGCAAAUCCGAAGCUGCCGUUCAGAAGGAAGCCGAUGAAAUACAGGUAAUACUUGACGAGGCUUUCAAGACUCAAAUUAGCAUCUUAGACCUGUUCAAGGUGAAGGUGAACAUCAAGGCACUGGGCCAUACUUGUGCUUUGGCUUCCUUUCAACAGUUUACCGGUAUCAAUGUCGUGCUGUUCUAUCUACAAAAUAUUUUCAUUGCUGCUGGAGGCAGCAUCUCAACAGAUGUAGCACCGAUUAUCAUCGGAGUGGUGCAAAUAUUAGCGUCAGCAGUGACACCCGUAGUUGUCGAUAGAUCAGGUAGAAGGAUGCUCCUCGUCAUCUCCGGCAUCGGAGAGACAGUCAGUUUGUGUGCCAUGGGCUUAUAUUUCUACCUGAAGGAAGUACAGCAAGCGGAUGACGUAGUGGAUCAGAUAUCCUGGUUGCCGAUAGUCUCACUAGUCAUCUUUAUCGCCACAUACUGCGUGGGCUGGGGUCCUCUUCCGUGGGCGGUGAUGGGCGAAAUGUUCGAUCCGAAUGUCAAGGCCAAGGCUUCCGGUAUAACAGUUUCCGUCUGCUGGUUCCUGGCCUUCCUCCUUACCAAGUUCGUUAGUAACAUCGAGCAGGCAUUAGGCAAUUACGCGUCCUUCUGGAUGUUCGCAGGAUUCUGCUUAGUUAGUGUCCUUUACACGAUAUUUUUGCUGCCCGAAACGAAAGGUAAGACUCUUCAACAAAUCCAGGAUGAGCUCAAUGGAGUAACUUCGACCGCAAGCGUCGAGAAUGGGAUGAAAAAGUGAGACGGGAGUGCUCAGGUUCGAUUAUCUUGAUGAUAUAUGCUGAACUCGACGAAUUCUUCAACACUUUUAAGAGAUUAAAUAUUUUUAAAAAAUAUGUAAAGUUUUACAUUUUUAUGACAUCUAUAGGAAUUGGAUAUAUUUUAUAAAGAAGGAGAUUCAAGUAGAUCAUCAGAAAUGCGGAUAGUAUAUGUACCUCAUCUACUGCCAAAUUUACACAGAUAUAGAUAAUACGGGCGAAAAAGAAAUAUUUUUAAGUUACCACCAUUCAGUCUUUUGUCUUAAUGUCGUUUGAAUCAUAAAGAAAAAUGGAAAAUUAUCGACAAACGAAUGAUGGUCUAAUAAUUUAAAUGUUCAGGUAUCUAUAGAGGGAGAGAGUAAAACGAGAAUAGACUCUAUUUUUGCUCACAUAUACGCAGAUACUAUUUUGUUAUUUUCUGCAACAGAGAACCAAAAAUACUUUGUUUUCCAAGCACAUUUACGUAACAUAGCACAAUAAUUAUAUAUGUACAUAAUGGAAGUCAUAUCAUGCAUAUUUAUAAGUACGCUAGCAUUAAUGAUAUACUUCGAUAUGUAUAUCAUUGCUUAUAAACUUCGUUUUUCUAAGCAUGAAGGAAUUUGUAAUAUGUCAAUAAAUGUUUCUACGUUUUUAAGUUCCUGUCAGAUCCGUGAUUAAGAAACGCAGUGAAGCAACAAUAUGACUCUCCUAUUUAUAAUAUAUCGUGGGAUUUUCUUAGUAUUACACAUUAUUGUGGACAUAGUAAGCGAACGAAAAACCAAAAAUAUUAAUUUCGCGGCGUAUUUCUCGUUCACGGAUGAGAGACUAGUCAUUUUAUAAUGCGUCUACAUAGAGAACGUAAAUAUUAAUGAUCAGAGAGAUAUAAAAAAUUUAAAAGGAAAUUUCACAUCGAUUAUCAUUGAAACUUGAAAUCAUUAAAAUUGUCAAUAAAUCGAUGAAUUUAUAUGACGCGAAGAGAAAUAGGUAUGAGCUAACUUGUUUUUUAUAAAUAUUGACAAUAAUAAAGCC